AUGUCGCACGAGGAGCAAGACGACGACCUCGUUCUCACCAAAGACGACGUUGAGGAGGUUAUCGAAGACGAUGGCGAGCCAGGAGAGCCCAUGGAGGACGACGACGACGUUCCUGCCGAUGCGGAGCCGAUGAUCAAGGACGACCCCGAUGAGCCUCGCGACCGUCCAGACAAUGCCUGGGCCGGUUCCUUCCUUCACAAGCCUGAAUCAUCCAUCUUUGCACUCGCGCUCCACCCUUCGUUCCCCAACCCGCCCCUGGCCGUCACCGGUGGCCAGGACGACUUGGGAUACUUGUUCUGUCCUCUUCCCCAGAAGGCCACUGGUGGCUUUACUCGUCACGACUUUGCUCCUAUCCCUCUGACCGGGCACACUGAUUCGGUUGCCGCAGCCGCUUUUAGCGCGGAUGGCGAGUACAUUGCCACUGGUGGCAUGGACGGGCGCGUGCGCGUGUGGCGUCGCGUGACUAAGAGGAGAGGACCGGAGCCGGCACCCGAGUCCGCAGAGGCUUGGAAGUACUGGGAGUUUAUCACCAGCCUCGAGGCCGGUGGUGAGGUGCAGUGGCUUCAGUGGCACCCCAAGGGCCCUGUGCUCACUGCUGGCUGUGAGGACGCAAGCGUGUGGAUGUGGCAAUUGCCAACUGGCAGGACCAUGACCGUCCUUUCGUCGCACACCAUGCUGUGCACGGCGGGCAUCUUCCCCCCUCCCAGCGCCAAGCAGCUCAUCACUGCCUCGCUGGACAGCAGCUUUGUCGUUUGGAACCCGUCGACUUCGUCGCCCGAGCUCAAGAUGCACGUCUUCUGCUCGCCCCACGCUCCCAACCUCGACCCGCAGAUUCACGGCAUCACGUCGCUUGCGGCUCAUCCGUACGGCGGCCUGGUCGCGGUUGGCGGUGCAGGUGGUCGCGUGCGUCUCAUUGCCCUGCCCCGUGGCGAGAUUGUCAGCACCCUCGAGGACCACCAGCGCGGCGAGAGCAUUGAGCAGCUCCAGUUCAUCGAUCUCUUGCAAGGCGCCGACGGUGGCAAGGGUGUCAUCCUCGUCAGUGCUGGCACCGACGGCAGGUGCUUUGUGUGGGACGCGACCACCUACCGCGUGCGUGCCACUCUGCCGCACCCCGAGUCGGUCACUGCCUUUGCCGCACACCCGGCCCCAUGCCAAUACCUCGUCACCACCGCCUGUCUCGACCGUACCUUGAGGACAUGGGACGUGCGUACCGGCCGCCUGCUUGCCGAGCACGUUGGUCACGUCGGCGUGGUCAACUGCGUGGCUGUCGGCAACGCGCCUGAGGGCGGCGAGAGCCCCCUCGGACUGCCCCAGGCCCAGGUGGUGAUCAGCGGAGGAGACGAGGGUGCCAGCGUUAUUUGGAGGGUAUAG